CCCAAAACAAACCUCCUUGAUUCCUCUGAUCCAAAAGGUCUAGAACUGGUUUGCUCAAUGGAAAACUAAAUACCUUUCCAAAGAUGGAAGUUAACCCUGAUAAAAUCAACUCCCAACUCUAUCCCUCUGUAUUCUAUGCAAUGCUUCUCCAUGCACAAGUUUGUUGAAGCUUAAAGGUUUUGAUGAUGAUGAACGUAAACUAAGCAAAUUUCAACUAAUAAAGGUUUUUCUAAGCGUUGUAAUUAGAACAGGUGAAGGAGACUUUGGAAGUGGAUGAGUAGCCUAAUAUAAGAAGAAAUGGAGAGAUUCCAAGGAAAGAUUAAAGAAGAUAGAAAAAGAGUACUCUGAUAAGAACUAUCUGAGUUCCCUAACAAAAAUUCUAAGACAGAAACUAAAGUGUUGACUUGGUUUGUGUUGAAGACAACAAGUUCUAUUAGAACUUGGCCUGCGAAGUUCCAAUUUAGAACUGGAGUGCAAGUGACAGGAACUUGGUCCUGGACUGCGUGAAGCCCAAGCAUCCUAGUCUACAGAAUAUUGGCGGAGCAAAUUAGUUUUGUUAGGAUUUUAUCUUUUAAAUUUGCUAUAAAUAUAAUUGUUAGGGUUACGCGUGAUACUUAUUAGAAACGUGACAAAUGAGCUUGGCAAGCUUAAAAUAGGAAAGUUUACAAAAGAUAAGAUUUUAAGAAAAGAUUUUCUAAAAUGAUUUACUUAAAAUCAGAAUUAUGAAAAAGAUAUUAUUCUUUUGAUAGUUUAUCUUUGAUAAGUUAUCUAAUAAUAUUUUAUUUUAAUUUAGAUUUAAUUAAAACCAUGUUUUGGGAUUUUGGUAAAAUAACAUAUUUAUCUUUUGAAAACCCUACUUUCUAUACGAGCAAGUCUUGUAUAAAUUGUAGAAAUCCCAUUUCAUUAUUUUCUGUGAGUUUAUGCGUAAAGAAAUCGAAGUGUGCUUAAUUGUGUAAGUUCGCCAAGUUUAUAACUUUGUCAUAUUAGUGUCGGGUUCAUGCAUAGCUUACCUCUCAUAUACUAAGGGUUAUUAAUCAGAAUUGGUUGGGUUCUUGGGGUGUGUGUGUAACUGAUCUUUGCAUACAGUUGUGUAGGCUUCUAGGUUGAAGCAGGGUGAGAGAGUACUAAGGGAGUAUGAGUGAAUAUAAGUCAGGGACUUGGUUAAGAUAGGGUGCUACUGUGUAGCAAGUUCAGUAUGGAAUUUGUGAGUAAAGGUCUGAGUAUAAUAGGUUGUAACUUGUUUGUUUUCCCUAUUAUAGUGAAUUGGUUUUGUUUUGGAAAUCCCUUAGAAGGGUCGAGGUUUUACUUCUAGUUGGGCCUUGGAAGCUUUCCUCGUAAAAUAUUGUGUGCAUUGCAAGUUCCUUUAUAUUCUAUUUUUACAUUAUGCAAAAAUAGUCACUACGAACUCACAUACAAUCCAGCCCCGACCCCCUCUUGUAAUGUUUGUCUCAACUAACAAUUGGUAUCAGAGCAUUGGUUCACAUGUGUAAGCAGAUAACUUUGCUGAGUAAGUUCCUGAGGAGAGAUGAAUUACAAAGAGAAAGUUGAAGAAAGGUAUUCUACCCAACGUCCACCUAUUUUCAAUGGUAAGUUUUACACCUACUGGAAGAACAUGAUGGAAAUAUUCAUCAAUACUGAAAAUUACAAGGUAUGUCGUGUAAUUGAAUCGGGUGAUUUUGAGGUAACUGUAACCAAUGAGAAUAUGAGGUAGUUCCUAAACUUAUUUCUAAUUUUGUUAAAGAAGACUAUUAGAAACUUGAGUUAAAUUCUUUAUCUAUCAAAUAUUUGCACUGUGGUCUUGAACCCUAUGAACAUAACCGAAUCAUGGGAUACAAGACUGCUAAACAGAUUUGGGAUUUACUAGAAGUUACUCAUGAAGGUACAAACGAGGUAAAACGCUCCAAAAUUGAUUUAUUAAUGUCAAGAUAUGAGAGGUUUGAAAUGCAAUCUAAGGAAAACAUAGAGGAAAUGUUUACUAGGUUUAAUGAUAUAAUUAAUGAAAUGAGCUCCAUUGGAAGGCACAUUCCUAUAGAUGAACAGGCUAGAAAGAUCUUGAGGAGUUUACCACAAGAUGAACGAUGGAGAUCCAAGGUUACUGCAAUGCAAGAAUCCAAGGACUUUACAAAGUUCAACAUGGAGCAGCUGUCAGGAUCAUUGAUGACCCAUGAACUUCACUUGAGUUCCAAUGCUGAAAGUUCAAAGAACAAGAGUCUUUCUCUUUAAGCAAAAGACACUGAUGAAUUUGAAGUUGAUGAGGAAGAGAUGACAAUGCUAGUUAGAAGGUUAAAGAAGAUGAUGAACAACAGGAAGUUUGCUAGGAACAAGAAGGUUGCAAGUUCGAAAGACACUACCUGUUUCAAGUGUAGUUCAAAAGAUCAUUUCAUUAGAGAUUGUCCUCUAUAGGAGAAUUACAAAGGUAAGUUCAAAGGAAAGAUCAAGGCAAGGAGUUCACAGUCUAUAAGCCCUACUUCACAAAAGAAAACGUGAAGAAGGCUAUGACGGCUGCAUGGGGAGACUCAGAUUUAGAAGAAGAAAAAGACCAACCAUCGGAAGAAAUGGCUCAUCUAUGUAUUAUGGCUAAGACUGAUGAAAAGGUCAAAUUACAAGAAUAUGAGGAUGAGGUUCCAGUGAGGGGGAACAACACUUGGUACCUUGAUAGUGGUUGUUCUAAGCACGAGACUGGAGAUAAAUCUAUAUUUCUCUCACUGGAUGCCUACUAUGGUGGAACUAUGACCUUUGGUGAUAAUAUGAAAGGUGAUAUAAUUGCUAUUAAAAAUGUAGGAAUGUCAAUUUCCCAUGCUAUUGAUAAUGUAUUUUUAGUUGAGGGUCUCCAACAGAAAUUGUUAAAUAUUUCACAAUUUUGUGACAAAGGUAACUUUGUUAGCUUUACUUCUAAUAAAUACAAAAUCAUCCACAAUGACACUGCAGGGAACAUUAUAUUAGAAGGAAAUCGUAAAGGGAACACAUAUACUAUGGAUUUCAACGAGGUUCCCACAGUAGUUUGACAUGUCUUAGUGUUAUUGAGGAUGAUUCUCUUUUGUGGCAUAAAAGAUUUGGUCAUGCAAGUUUUACCUCGCUUGACAAACUUAGAUCCAAGGAAUUAGUAGAAGGGCUUCCUUGUAUUAAGUUUCUAUAUGAUAAAGUAUGUCAUGCAUGUGUCAGAGGCAAACAGACUCGAGUUUCUUUCAAAUCAAAGAAAAUGGUAAGCGCUAAUAGACCUUUGGAACUUGUCCAUAUGGAUCUUUGUGGUCCAAUUAGGAUCUAAAGUAGAAGUGGUAAGAGAUAUCUAAUUGUUAUUGUUAAUGAUUACUCAAGGUUCACUUGGGUGUUCUUUCUUGUUAGCAAAGAUGAAAUAUUUGAUGAUUUGUUGCUUUAGUGAAGAAAGAACAAAGAAUAAAUGGUAAUCCUUUGGUGCCUCUAAGGUAAAAUCAUGGAACAGAAUUUGAAAUUAAAACUCCAAAUUUGAUGAAUUCUGCACAGAUCAUGGAAUGGAUCACAACUUCUCUACCCUAAGAACUCCACAACAAAAUGGAGUAGUUUAACGCAAGAACAGAAGCCUUGAGGACAUGGUCAGGACAACGCUAAUCUCAAGUGGUCUGCCUAGGAACUUCUGGGUAGAAGCAGUGAAUACAGCUUGUUACAUCCUAAAUAGAGUAUCAGUCAGAGCCAUCACUAACAAAAUUCCCUAUGAACUAAUCAAAGGGAGAAAGCCUAAUAUUUAUUACUUUAGAUCUUUUAGUUAUAGAUGUUUUGUUCAUAACAAUGGUAAAAGAAAUUUGGGAAAGUUUGAUGAACGUAGUGACGAGGCAGUAUUCCUAGGAUAUGCUUAAAACAGUAAAUCUUAUAGAGUUUAUAAUAAGAGAACAAUGUGUGUUGAGAAGUUUGUACAUGUAAUUUUUGAUGAAAUUGAUCAUUUGACUAAUAUACAAGAAGAUGAUGAUGAUUUUGAAAUAAGACUUGUAGCCUUGUAGGGAAGAAUGGUCAAGAUGAAGAAUCAACAUCAUUGGAGAAGCAACAUGUAAAAAAUAAGGGUGAGCAGAACACUAAAGCAAAUGCUGACAAAACAACAGAGGAUGCACAAGGAACUCCAGCUCAAAACCAAGUUCAAGAGCAACCGGAAGUUCUAGAAGAAGUACAAGCUGAAUCAUAAGAUGACGUUCCAACAGAAGUACCAGUCAACAACAAUCAAGAAAAACUGUAUCCAAUCAAGGAUUUUGCUCCAAAGUCCUGGAAGAAUUAGAUUUCACAUCAAGUUGAUGCAAUCAUGAGCGAUAUCACUAAAUGAACUUAAACCAAAUCUCAAGUAAGGAACUUUUGUGCAUUUUAUGCAUUCCUUUCCUUGAUGGAACCUAAGAACCAUGUUGAAGCUUUAACUGACUGUAUUAAUGCUAUGCAAGCUAAGCUAAAUGAAUUUGAAAGAAAUAAAGUUUGGCAUUUGGAACCUAGACCAAUAAGUGAUCAAAACAAAAUUGGAUUAAAAUGGGUAUUCAGGAACAAACUAGAUGAACAUGGUAUUAUUGUCAGGAACAAAGCAAGAUUGGAUGUCCAAGGUUUUUAUCAACAGGAAGGAAUAGACUAUGAAGAAACAUUUGCUCUAGUAGUCAGGUUAGAGGCUAUUAUCUUACUUAUUGCUUUUGCUGCUUAUAUGGAAUUUAG